AUGUGUGUCCUUUAUGAUUUUGUGACUGUAUGGCAUUUUCAUUUAGAACAUCAAGAAUUCGCUGCACCCGGUGCGUGUGAGGAACUUAAUUGUAAAGGUCGUCUUUGCGCAAAAUGCCACAAGUGUCGUGAUUGGCAUUUUGAUGGCGAUCAGGGCACUUGGAAUUGGAUCCAAAAUUACAAGAAUUGGAGUUCGGAAGAUUGUGAGCGUUGGAACAGUGGUGUUUACGCGUGUUUCAAGAAACGUACUGGUGCAACUUGUUUUGAUCGUGUUGGUCGUCUUCGUGUUGGUCGUCGUGAUGAUGGUUAUUAUGUUUAUUAUCUUCGUGGUGUUGGUUAUCUUCUUCGUCAUGUGUGUCUCUGUGACCGUCAUUAA